CGGAUGUCGGAAAGGGAUAUAACACAGCGGAUGAGUGAGGCGGCACGCAGGCUCAUCCCCUCUCCCCCUUGGUGUCCCCGCUCUCCAGCCUUGCGUCCAUGGCCAGCAUAUGAACUAACCUUCUCACCCCCCUCUUCGCCUUUUCCUCCUCUCUCGCCCGUAACGACCACAGCAACGCUCUUGCCUUGUGUGCGACGCGCGGCAACAACAAUAGACGGUUAGAACAUAAAGAGUAGUGCGGCCCCGUGUCUCGCUGUCUGUCUUUGCCCUCCAUGUUCUUCCCCGUCGCCCGGCUGCGACUCUCCCUCGUGUCCGCUCUCCUCCUUUUCUCUUCUCUCUCUCGCGCACACGAACGGACCCUUUUCACAUCUUCCGUGUCGUAUUGUUCAGACCCUCAGGAGAUUCUGGUAGAGCAGUUCAAUAUCGCAUACUUCCCCUCCAAUAACUCCAUCUCCUUCAAUGUCUCCGCUGCCAGCGUGCUCGCCGACCUAAAUGUCACGGCGCAGCUAUAUGUCAACAUCUAUGGCAUGCACCCCAUCAAUACCACCCUCAACUUUUGCAGCCUUUUCAACGGCAUCCUCUGUCCCCUCCCCCAGUACAAUUUCACCGGCUGGGAUACCCUACAACUCCCGUCCUCCGUCGUCGGCUCCAUAACCUCCCACCUCCCUGGCAUCGCCUACGUCAUCCCCGACCUUGAGGCCUUCGCCCAACUCACCCUCUACAAGGAGAACACCGACCAGGUUGUCGCGUGCCUGCAGACCACCGUCUCCAACGGCUGGUCGGCACGGCAGUACGCAGUGGAGUGGACUACCGCAGCCGUUACGUUCCUUGCACUCGCGUCCGCAAUAUGGAAGUCCAUCACGGCCGACGCGCUCGCACUCGCCCCCAUCCGCCUUCUCGACUUUGUCGUCCUCCUCCAGACCAUCGGCGCCACCGGCUUGCUCGGCCUGAACUUCCCGUCCGUCUACACCGCGUUCACGCUUAACUUCUCGUGGAUACUCGGCCUGUUCCCCCAAAGCGGGACGUCAGGCAUGCAGAACUCCAUCGUGCAUACGCGCCGCCUCACGGGCGGUGAUAGCUCGGAUGCGAGUAGCGGAGACAGCACGGCAUAUGUGAACCGGCAGUUGAGUCCGUACAACAUGCUCGCUCAGCCGGCCUCGCUUCUUGAGAGCGUACGCACACUGCCGACGCUGGAUCUGCGCAACACCGCCGCUCGCUCGCUCAUGAAGGUUGGCACCACCGCGGUCAACACGACGUCACGGUUGCUCAAGUCGGCCCAGGCCGAUGUCGCCGUCGUCACCAACGAUGACAGCUCUGACGUCCUCCAGGCAGGCGUGCCAAUUUACGUCAACAGCAUUGGCAUCGCAUCCGCAAAUGCGUUCAUGACGGUGUUCCUCACCGCGCUCAUCUACACCGCGGCCGCGCUCGGCUUCAUUGGAAUUGCUUUCGCGCUUUACGUCGGGAUCCAGCGCACAGCUUGGGGACAGCGGAAUCUCAAGCAGUGGAUUGGUCUGCGGAGCGGCUUCGUGCCGUUCGCGAAGGCAUGGGGUCUCCGCGCGGUGCUCGCGGCGGUCUUCCCGCUGCUCAUAUUCAUCUUUUACCAAUGGACCCUCCAUGACUCCUGGCUGUCCAUCCUCCUCUCCGUCAUCACCCUCGUCAUCCUCAUGGGCCUUGUCCUCCCACCGCUGUUCCUCGUCCUCCGGCCGUACCUCCCUCGCGUUCUCGCCCGCACGGAGAAUGCUGCUGUCCCUACGUCUCUGCCGCUUGCGCCUCUCACGGCACCCUUCCGCCAAGAGCGUUUGUUCUACGUAGGUCUCAUCGUGCUCACGCUCAUCGUGAAGGCUAUGGUGGUUGCAUUCGGCCAUCGCGACGGCCUUGGGCAGGCGAUCGUCUUCCUUAUUGUUGACGUGCUCUUCUUCCUCUCUCUGGUCAUCAUGAAGCCGUUCCGCACGCGUCACGCAGAUAUGCUCCAGGGCUACCUCGCCAUCGUGCGUAUGGUUUGCUCAGGGCUGCUCAUCGCGUUCGUGCAGACUAUCAACCUCGCGCCGAUUCCCCGCGUUGUGAUCGGCGUUAUCACCGCGGUCAUCUUCGCGGUGGCGGUGAUCGUGAUGUUCUUCAACACACUCGUCAACAUGGGGUUGUGGAAGUUGUUCAAGUACGCUGUGUGCUGUGGGCACCGCCGGCGCGAGGGUGACCGCGCGCUCGCAAGCCACACCAGCGACUCCUCGCUCGACGACAAGGCCCACCCCGAGCGCGACGCAGAGAAGGCUCCAUUGCCACACUCGCCAGGGUCGUCGCAGUACUACUUCGUCGACCGCCCGGGCAACCCGACGCCGCCGGAGACGCGGACCAACUCGCACGCACACACGCACCUCGACACGCCAGACUCCGGAUCACCGCUGAGCACUAGUGUUGGUAGCGAGCGCCCGAGCGUCCUGACGAACAGCACGGGGACGACCCUGGGCGAGCUCCUGCCGCGGCGGUGGUCGUUCCAACACUCGCGACCGCCAUCGGCGUCGGAGCCGUCGCCGAGCGGCGCGGGCUCGUUCCUUACCCCGAGCACGCCGAGCACACCCGCGUCGACACACCCGCCGACGUCGCAGCGGCACAGCCGACACCCGUCCGCAAGCGUAGCGACGCACUCACCAAUACGGGAGCGCUACUCCGAUGAGCAAGAAGCACACGCGCUAUGAGCGAGGCCCAUAGCCCGCCCUGCACGCUUGAUGCCGUGGGGCCAUAGAGAGAAAUCUAGAACCCACCGACCGUCAUUGCAUACCAUGGACGAUCUGUAAGUAACCCAUGUACCCCCUACACUUGCAUUUGGGCCGUUGUAUAUUCCCUCCUCAUCUUACUUAGUUGCAUCUUCGCUGUGUCAUGUUGAUCCACACCUGCAUACUCACAUUCUCCGCCUGCUCUUCCCCAACCCUUUCCCAUUCUCCGCACUGCACUACACUGUCUCGGGUCUAGCAAUGCACACCACUACCCACAUUUUAACCUCCACGGUACCCACACGCUCGUUGCAUGCAUAGACUACCUUACUGACAGAUCUGUUCUAAUGAAAUGGUUUGCUUGAUGAUAUGUAACGACUAUAAUGUAGCAUUAGAAUGUAAUUAUCGGAUAGAGGAUGUGCUGUAACAAUUACUUAUUGAAAGGA